AGAGCUCCAAGGAAGCCCGCGAUGACGUCGACAGAGGAGGGGUUGGACCAUGCCAUGGAAUAAGCUCUACAUAAAGGCGUCCUUUGUCCAGCAACUCCAGAAAAUAUCUUCUUCAUUCUCAACAAGCUACUAUACUCUUAAAUUUCUCUAUACUUUCACCUCUUUUGUGUUAUCCUCCAAUUGAGCCUCAGGCCACAUCUAGACAGCUACCUAUAUCAGUGACGUCAUCACCUGUCUUCGCAUCAACCUUGCUACAGCUCUCUUUUCCACCUCAUCACUCUUCCAACCUUCAACUCCUCACUCACACAUUUCCCAUUUUCCCCUACACACACAUCAAACAAACAACCAUGGCUCGUGGCAGUGAAUCCGUCUCCAAGGUCAUCUACAAGGGUGCCACGGACGACUACAUCGUCUUCGUCGACGACCAGGAGAUCCUCAAGCAGUGGCGCAACGACAAGUCCAUCCCGCUUGCUCAGGUCGUGAACGGAUGGAAGAUUUUCGUUACUCAUAAGCAAGGAACGCAGGGUAUCCUCGACGGAGCCAGCAACGGCAGCCUCGAGAGCGAGUUCGGGACGUCGAAGGAGGAAGACUGUGUUGCUCAGAUCUUGCAGAAGGGAGAUUAUCAGACGACGGCUCAGGUGCAUGGGCGACCGGGCGAGACCAACAUGAGCAAAGGACCUCAGAUCAACCACUAGGUCGACCUUGAAUCUUUUGAGUGAUUGAUUCUUGCGUGCCCUUCCUCUCUGGCUAUCGGUUCGACUUUUUCAAGUCUAGACGGCUGUGCUGUACCGCACCAUCUAUGACUGCCCGAGGAUGAUCGGGCCGGGCAUGACUGACUGGCCCAUCGAAUCAUGAAUAGGUGUCUUUUUUUUAUUUAUUACGAGCGAAUGGGUUUGGGAUAACCCUUACGGAUACGAUACGAGUAUGCGUUAUGUUAUGAAUUGCUGGGGAGUUCGUGGUUGUGCUGAGAGGACAGCGGACUUGCUUAGCUGCAUAUGGAUAAACAAAUAAUACUAUAUUAGCAUGAUGA